UCUCCAGGGGACCCGCAGCCCAGCUGCCCGCGUGGGGUGGGGGCAGCGGUGGGAUAUGCUAAUAGUGCCUGGCCUCUGGGGCCGGCCUCCCUCCUCCUGGUAUAUAAAAGUAAGUAGCCCCAAGCCGGCGCUCAGGACGGACCCGGGAGCCCCGCAGGAGCUCAGCCCUGUCCAUUGGGUCCCGCCUGCGCGCUAGCCGCGCCACAGCAUGGACCAGAUGGACAGCUGCCAUUUCUCGCCUUCUGAGUAUGUAUACGAAGGCUCCUGCAUCCCGUCCCCCGGGGAUGAGUUCGGGGACGACUUAGAGGCCCGGGUGGCCGCCUUCGGGGCGCACGGCAGGGAGCUGCCCGGCUCGGAGGAGGACGAACACGUGCGGGCACCCACAGGCCACCACCAGGCGGGUCACUGCCUGCUCUGGGCCUGCAGGGCCUGCAAGAGGAAGGCCAGCAGCCUGGACCGGCGCAAGGCGGCCACCAUGCGGGAGCGCAGGCGCCUCAAGAAGGUCAACCAGGCCUUCGAGACCCUCAAGAGGUGCACCACCACCAACCCCAACCAGAGGCUGCCCAAGGUGGAGAUCCUCAGGAACGCCAUCCGCUACAUCGAGGGUCUGCAAGACCUGCUGCGGGAGCAGGUGCACAGUUUCUACGGCCUGCCUGGCCAGAGCUGCUCCGAACCCACCAGCCCCUCAUCCAGCUGCUCCGAUGGCCUGCCCGAAUGUAGCAGCCCUGUCUGGUCCAGGAAGAGCAGCUGUUUUGACAGCAUCUACUGUCCUGAUGUUCCAAAUGCGUAUGCCACAGAUAAGAGCUCUAUAUCCAGCUUGGACUGCCUGUCCAGUAUUGUGGACCGGAUCACCAGCUCAGAGCAAUCUGGACUGCCUCUGCAGGACCCAGUGUCUCUCUCUCCAGUGGCCAGCUCUGAUUCUCAACCUGCAACACCAGGAAUCUCCAGUUCCAGGCUCAUCUACCAUGUGCUAUGAACCAAUAAUGGUCCAGUUGAGGUCAAUGUUGGCAAGGAGGCCCUAAUACACAGAAGGAAGGAGGCUUCAAAGCAAGACAGUGUGUGUGUGUGUGUGUGUGUGUGUGUACUUCCUUUUACAGUUGUAAAUGUGUAAAUAUUUUCUUGCCACUUUAUUAAGAUGAUAUAUUUAACUUUAAAAAGUGACUGUUGUAAUUCAUUCUUUAUUCUUUGUCUUCUUCCCUUUUCUCCUCUGCCUCUUCUUCCUCCUCCUUUGCUAUCAGUCUUAGUUACCCUAACAAUACUUCUGGUUAGGGGCACUGCAUUAAAGGUAGCUUGUUGCAACACUUAACUUAUAUUUUAAAGACAUAUUGCUUAUCAAAAUAGUAUCGCUGGUGUUUAGAUGGUUACUUUUGUUUAAAUUAGAACAGCUGAAAAUUAAUUACAGAGAAGUUUAAAUGUAUUUAACAUUUGUUUUUCUCACUAACCCUUUGAUAACACUGAGUUAAGUAAAAUAUAACAAUACUGCCUAAUGUUACAUAUUUUGAUCUUAUAAGAAAUACAUCUUUUUAGUGCAAGCACAAAACAGUACUUUGUGGUUAACUUCAAAAUGUAACAAAUUUUGGAUAUUCCGCCAUAAAUAAAGCUGUUAAGGUGGAUAAA